AUGAAGUUAGCUCCGAUCACAGUGUUUAUGUUCAGAGACUCUGAGGGUUUCGCCUCCGCUAUCUCAGAAGCUCUUCACCCUAACCCUUCUUCCUCCUUCACCCGCCUAGAGGACUCGUUUGAACUCUCUUUGGAGAGUUAUGGAAUCAAGGACCAUAAAGCAUCAGGGAAUGUUCUUCACUAUGUUGAUAGUCACGGCAUUUACAAGGUAUCACUUGUGAUUAUGCAACAUUACGAGCCGCCAGUACUAGCAUGUGCUCUUAAUGAAGUCCUUAAUAAAAUUUUAAAAGGCGAUGAUCCAUCUACGAUGCCUACACUUUUGGUACCUUUUUUGGUGGAAUCAUCCAAAGUUAAAGGGAACAGUAAAUCCCUAAGAUCAGAUGAAAGCAAAGCCUUAACUUAUGGCAUACAGAUUGGUCAAAUUACAGACAUAAUGCAGGCCUUACUAAAGAAAACCCAGGAACCACCAUCUUCAUUGCGGAUUCAACACGAAAAUUUUGCAUGUUUUCUUCACUUUGUUCGAGUAAUGAAGUUACCUACCUUUUUUCUAAUUGGACAAACUAAUCAAUAUUUGGACAAUACAUCUACCAAACAGCAUGAGGCAAUUUGUGAAAUAGGUGAGAUUUUGGCUAGCAGUACAGGUCUGCAGUUUUCAGAAGACAAAGUGAUAUGGAAUCCAAAAAAGACAUCAAAGGAGAUCAAGGAGCCAUGGCGCGAUUUAUAUGGUUGA